GGCCGCCAUUUUGUGCAGCCGCUGGGAAGGAAGGAGACGCCUAAACCGCGGCACUGCCGGGUUUGAGCGUAGCCAAACCUAUCCACUGUUUUUAUAACCCCGAUUCUCUGUGUUUUGCUCCCGUCUCCGACGAGAGAGGCGGCGACGGUGGCGUCUGCGACGGGAGACAGCGCGUCGGAGCGAGAGAGCGCCGCGCCUGCCGCCGCCCCAACAGCGGAGGCGCCGCCGCCAUCGGUCGUCACCAGACCGGAGCCGCAGGCCCUCCCGAGCCCGGCCAUCCGUGCGCCGCUCCCAGAUCUCUAUCCAUUUGGGACCAUGCGCGGAGGCGGCUUUGGGGACCGGGACCGGGAUCGUGACCGUGGAGGGUUUGGGGCAAGAGGUGGUGGCGGCCUUCCCCCGAAGAAAUUUGGUAAUCCUGGGGAGCGUUUACGUAAAAAGAAGUGGGAUUUGAGUGAGCUCCCCAAAUUUGAGAAGAACUUUUAUGUGGAACAUCCAGAAGUGGCAAGGCUCACUCCAUAUGAGGUUGAUGAACUGCGUCGAAAGAAAGAGAUUACAGUGAGAGGGGGAGAUGUUUGUCCUAAACCUGUGUUUGCUUUCCAUCAUGCUAACUUCCCACAGUACGUAAUGGAUGUGUUGAUGGAUCAGCACUUUACAGAACCAACUCCGAUUCAGUGCCAGGGGUUUCCCUUGGCUCUUAGUGGUCGAGAUAUGGUGGGCAUUGCUCAGACUGGCUCUGGGAAGACAUUGGCGUAUUUGCUGCCUGCUAUCGUUCAUAUUAACCACCAGCCAUACUUGGAAAGGGGAGAUGGCCCAAUUUGUCUAGUUCUGGCUCCUACCAGAGAGCUUGCCCAGCAAGUACAGCAGGUGGCUGAUGACUAUGGCAAGUGCUCUAGAUUGAAGAGUACUUGCAUUUAUGGAGGUGCUCCUAAAGGUCCCCAGAUUCGAGACUUGGAGAGAGGUGUUGAGAUCUGUAUAGCUACUCCUGGACGCCUGAUAGAUUUCCUGGAGUCAGGAAAGACUAAUCUGCGCCGAUGUACUUACCUUGUACUGGAUGAGGCUGACCGAAUGCUUGAUAUGGGCUUUGAACCCCAGAUCCGUAAAAUUGUUGACCAGAUCAGGCCUGAUAGGCAGACAUUGAUGUGGAGUGCAACCUGGCCAAAAGAAGUAAGACAGCUUGCAGAGGAUUUCCUGCGUGAUUAUACCCAGAUCAACGUAGGCAAUCUGGAGUUGAGUGCCAACCACAACAUCCUCCAGAUUGUGGAUGUCUGCAUGGAAAGUGAAAAAGAUCACAAGUUGAUCCAACUCAUGGAGGAAAUAAUGGCUGAAAAGGAAAAUAAGACAAUAAUAUUUGUAGAGACAAAGAGACGCUGUGAUGACCUCACUCGAAGGAUGCGCAGAGAUGGUUGGCCAGCUAUGUGUAUUCAUGGAGAUAAGAGUCAACCAGAAAGAGAUUGGGUACUUAAUGAGUUCCGUUCUGGAAAGGCUCCCAUCCUCAUUGCCACAGAUGUAGCCUCCCGUGGGCUAGAUGUGGAAGAUGUCAAGUUUGUGAUCAACUAUGACUAUCCAAACAGCUCAGAGGACUAUGUGCAUCGUAUUGGCCGAACAGCCCGUAGCACCAAUAAGGGCACCGCGUACACCUUCUUCACCCCAGGAAAUCUAAAGCAGGCCAGAGAGUUGAUCAAGGUGCUGGAAGAGGCUAAUCAGGCUAUCAAUCCUAAACUGAUGCAGCUGGUGGACCACAGAGGCGGCGGCGGCGGAGGGGGUAAGGGAGGUCGUUCUCGGUACCGGACCACUUCUUCAGCCAACAAUCCCAACCUGAUGUAUCAGGAUGAGUGUGACCGGAGGCUUCGAGGAGUCAAGGAUGGUGGCCGGAGAGACUCUACAAGCUAUCGGGAUCGUGGUGAAACCGAUAGAGCUGGUUACGCUAAUGGCAGUGGCUAUGGAAGUCCAAAUUCUGCCUUUGGAGCACAAGCAGGCCAAUACACCUAUGGUCAAGGCACCUAUGGGGCAGCUGCUUAUGGCACCAGUGGCUAUACAGCCCAGGAAUAUGGCGCUGGCACUUACGGGGCUAGUAGCACCACCUCAACUGGGAGAAGUUCACAGAGCUCUAGCCAGCAGUUUAGUGGGAUAGGCCGGUCUGGGCAGCAGCCACAGCCACUGAUGUCACAACAGUUUGCACAGCCUCCAGGAGCUACCAAUAUGAUAGGUUACAUGGGGCAGACUGCCUACCAAUACCCUCCUCCCCCUCCUCCCCCUCCUCCUUCACGUAAAUGAAACCACUCAAGUGGUAGUGACUUGUGCAAACUUAACUACAUUUAAAGGAGCGCUGUCUUUCCCCUUUUUUUUUCUCUUCCCCUUUCCUUUCUUUUUUAUUUUUAUUUUUUCCCCAACCAUUGUGAUUUGUCUUUCAUGCAGGUUAGUUAGAAUUCACUGCCAGGUUUCUUCUGCCCACCAAAAUGAUCCAGUCUGUAAUAACAGAUUUUGUAAAAAAAAAAAAAAAAAAAAUAUAUAUAUAUAUAUAUAUACACACACACACACACACAGCCGACUGGAAGAUUCCCCCCCCAACUUCUUGCAUGUUGAGGAUAUUUGAGCUAUUUUUCAUCUUAAAAGAAAAAGUAAGGUAUUAGGCCCUUUUGUGGGAGCCCAUAUUUUGUUGUCCUGAGUUGGGGUGGGGGAGGGUGGAGGGUUGAAUUCUGCAGAAGAAGAUGGCAUCUUUGCUUUAAAUUGCUCUCAUUACUGGGUUAGAAAACCGAGAGGGAGCUCCCUGCACACUUUCUCUAAUGCUUUUUAACAUUUUUCACGCUGGAACAGGGUUCCUCAAGGCCUGAUGAGUUUUUCAGACAGUGCUUUGCCAUGUUGUUUUGGCUGAUUGCUUGUUAAGUGCAUUUGACAGUUUAAAAAAAUUUCUAAUUGGUUUUGUCUCCCUUACACCUUGCCUUUCCCCUUCCCAAUUACUGAAAAAUAACCGUUUUAGUGUCAGGUUAGAAAUUGAAUUGCUGAGUCUGAGUUUUUUAAGUGUAUCUUUUAAUUAAAAACCCCAAGUGUUUAUUGCAAUGGUUAAAUGUAGCAUCUCAGCAUCUGGUGGAAGCUGCCUAUUUUUCUUCCCCGUAUAACCAGGGACCAUCUGUGAAAUUCAUUUUCCAACCAGACAGCUGCUGUGAGCAGAAUGAACAUACGUGCUCACUGGAAAUUUAUUUUAUUAGCCAGUUAAGUAUGCAUUCACCUGCAGUGUAAAAACGACCUUUAAUUAUAAACCGAAUAUACUGAAUGGGCAAGUUUUCUUUUUAAGCUCAGUAUCUGUAGAGCUAGAAUAAAAGCAACUCUUUGCCAGCUAGUCAGCCCUUUUGGCCAAGUUAUCUUGAAUAAAGAAUGUUAAGGGUUUAUUAAGAAAGAACUCUUAAUUGUGUUCACACUCUGUUCUCUGCAGUGCUUUCUAACAGCUUUGGGAUGCAGGUUUUCCUCGGCAUCCUUUUGCACUCAGCUUUGUUACAGGUAGGUAGUGCUUAAGAAAAGUGACAGAGGACUGAAGCCGGAGUCCUUUCGCUUUUCCUCCAUCUGAAGGGAGGGGAGUUUGCCCCUUCACAAUAAUACUCUUUUCCUGAGACUUCGUGUAAUAGACAAGCCUAGAAAGAAUCUUCUGCUCUUGUUUUCACCAUAACAGAACAGGGAGAUCAGACAGCCCCAGAAACCUCUUUCAUAUCCACUGUGGGACUAUUAGUUUUUUUUUAUGCUGUUACCAGUAUUGUUCAUUAAUAAUGUAGUUAAAGGAGGAAGGCUCCAUUGCAUUCUUUGGCUAAGGCCUGAGAGUGCUUGCUGGUUUGUAAGAUCUAAAUAUUUGGGAUUUUUGUUUUAUUUUCCUUUUAAAAUUCUUCAGGGAGAGAGAAGGGAUUGUUUCUGAGGGGUUCUGAAAGUAUGGUUGAAUGUGCAACGUACAGGUAGGUUGUCAGCAUAAGCUGAAAUAUAUGCAUGUAAGAACUUUGACAUCUUUUUUUGUUUUUUUCACUUUCUUCUUUCUUAACUUUACUUCUCUUUUUCCCCCCCUUCUUACAGAAGUUGAGGCCAAGGGAGGAUGGUAGGCACAGGAAAAACAUGGCAAAACUGCUCUGUUUUUUCAAACCAAAGUAUCCGCCCCCCUUCCCCCCCAAAUGUUGCCUAAGCACUGACCAGUCCAUUGUAGACAUUUCUUUCUACACCAAAACUCGUUUUUUGUUUUAAACACAGAGGUACUACCACAGGGGGUGUCCUCCUCUUGCAGGUCUUAAAAGCAUCCCUUUGCAGGCAAGGUCUCUGGGCAAGCAAUGGGUGUUUGGUCUGCUGCUUGCUUUUUUCCACCAGAGAUGUUGCAAUCUUAAAGUCUAAGUAACAGCAUAUUCCAAAUCUCAAAAGCUAUAGUGGCCUGAGCACAGCUGAGAUCUAGCAGUUUUUCCUGUAUAGCUCUGGAGUAACUCUUCUGCCUCUGUGUCUGUCACUUAUGAUUCAGGUUCUCUCUGCUUCAGAACAUGAGCAGAAGAGUCCUCAUCUGAUGCUAGUUUUUGCAGUCAUGGUGGAGACUCAUUUAGAAAAGAUCUCAAUGUUAAGCUAUGGGGCUGCUACUCCCCAAUCCCUCCCUAACAGUUCAUUUUGUGGACUUCUCUAAAAGAUGGCUGGCUGGGUGGUUGGUGGCUUUUGCUUGGGAUCAGUGCUCUAUUCAUGUCUGCUGGUCUCUGAACACAUUCCUGUUGUGUUAAGACUUGAAAGGUUUGUAGAUGUGUGAUGUUCAGGCACAGGAUGCUAAGAGCUAUGUUACUAUUCUUAGUUUGUAAAUUGUCCUUUUGAUACCAUCUUGUUUUCUUUUGUAGGUAUAAAUAAAACACUGUUGACAAUAA